GAACAUCUUUAGGGCAUCUUCAAGCAGAAGGUUGGAGGAGCGCCGAGUCUUGACUGUCCGCCAGCUCUGUGAUGUCAUCAUGGAGGAGUGGGAAAGCUUUCCAGUGGCAGCCGGCGGAGGACAACUCUGCACAGACCGUCGUCCUUCCUACUUUGAUUUUUUGUUGUUAGUGCCCUUUCAGACAUGCUGCAGUGUCUGCUGCUCAUCGGUUUGAUUGGGAGGCUGUGCGUGUCCCAGCAGACGACAGCUCAGUGUAACACUCAAACUGUAGAUCUAACAAACUCCAAAUCCUCCCAGUCUUCAACUUACUCUUCUGACGACUACAGCUCUGCCAAAGCCACUGAUGGAAAUCAGUCGUCAUGUUCAAACACUCGAGAAUUUCCUGAUUCCUGGUGGAGCGUUGAUCUGCAGGGUGUUUACGAAAUUUCCUGCAUCUCAAUAUACAACAAAAACGCUGAUCAUUCUGGUAUAUCUGGGGCGAAGAUCUACAUUGGGAACUUUCCACAGAACAACAGCGUCAAUAACAAGCUGGUUUAUAACAUCACCAACUUCAAUAUCGACCAAAACAAUCUCUGCUCAUUUGAUCCGGUGUUGGGGCGUUAUGUGACCAUCAUGCCAGCAAACCCUUUAGUCCUAUGUGAAGUGAACGUCACAGGCAAAAAGAUAGAAUCUCCCUUUAAACUGAUUGACCAAAACAAGACCUGGGAAGAAGCCCUGUACUACUGCAGAGAUAACCACAGAGGUCUGGCCUCCAUCUUGGAUGAACAGAUGCAGACCUUCGCUGAGCUGGAGGCUGAGAAAGCCAACAGUCCCUUCGUUUGGAUCGGACUUCGCUACACCUGCACUCUGGACUUCUGGUUCUGGGUUGAUGACAGUGUUGUAGAGUUUAAAUACUGGGGUAGGGAUGGUUAUAAAGAAGACUGUGACAUGAGUGGAGGCAUGGAGAAAGAAGGAGACCAUCGCUGGUUCAGCAAGUCUGACGAUGAAGAGUUUAAUUUUAUCUGUGCAUCAUAAAAAAACAACUGUAAUGUGUGAUCAUAAUAAACCCGCUUCAGUAGCGGGUUUAUUAUGUUCUGGUAAUCAUAAAUAAGAUAUUACAUUUACUCAGUUACAUUUGCGUAAUACUGUAUGUUAUGAUCAGUCACUCAGUACUUGAGUAGCCUUCUUAUGAAGUAACUCUAAGCCUUCAAACUAGUCUUUGAAUUAAUAUUUUUACUUUAGUAAUGUCUUGCAGUUCUGCUGCUCUUAAUUCUUUACAACCUGUAAUGUUUUUAUGCUAACAUCAAAAUCACCUUUAUAUGUCAGAAUUUAUUAAAUAAACAGUGAUAUAAUUUUGUGCUGACUUGCAGAAUGAAGAAACAUUUUAUUUAGUCUUCAUAUGCAUUCUACUUUAUAAGUCCAGUUUCUUUUUUUUUCUUGGGAUUAGCAAAACAAUGACUUGAGCCCACUCUGUCAAAAUGAAAAGUUUGAUAUCGAAUCAAUUAUUUCAUUUAAGUUGUACACCAUUUUUAACGUGUUGUGAUUUAUAGACAUUAUAAACUUACUUGAUUAGCUCCCUCUUGUGGUUAUUAUGUGCUCUGCAGAAUCCAAUGUUGCAUUAAAGCUUUAGAGUUUAAUUCAUUUAUGGUGCGUCACACGCAGCAUCACUGCACACAGACAAAAGAAAGGUCCACUCCUACAUGUGUUUUAACUGUUAUUUUAUAGAAACAGGAUUCGUUAAACAGUACAAUCCACUACUCUCCUCCAUGAACUGAAACUUGGGGAAGGAACUUCACUCACUUCACGGAUUCGACACAAAACACAGACUGCAGGUUAGGUUGGUGACUAAUAUCUACAUCAGCGUUCACCUCACACA